AACAUCGGGCUCGGGAUUACAGUUUAAGUGUACUUUGAUCUGGCCGCCGUCACAUGAAAAAAGACAAUUUUCGUGUAAAGUAAUCAAAAUUGUCAAUUUGCGACGAUGGCAGACUACAGUAAGAUGAUUGAAGGCCUUCGCAGAGUAUUCAACAGUGGAGUAACAAAGUCAUAUGAAUGGCGAAAAAAGCAGUUGGAUGGAAUGCUUAAGCUUUUAGAGGAAAACAGAGACAAAAUUGCUCAAGGCCUGAAAGAAGAUCUACAUAAGUCUUCCUUGGAGGCAGCUGUCUAUGAAAUUGACUUCUGCAGAAAUGACUUGAUAGAGACAAUGAAUAACUUAAAGGACUGGAUGAAACCCGAAAAGGUCAAGAAAGGGUUACUAAACAUCAUGGAUACCGCCUACAUCCAGAGAGAGCCCUACGGUGUGGCACUGGUGAUGGGGGCCUGGAACUACCCCAUCCAGAUCACUGUGCUGCCAGUUCUGGGAGCCAUUGCAGCCGGCAACUGUGUCGUCCUGAAACCGUCAGAGCUAGCAGCUUCUACAGCAAAAAUUCUGGAAGAGCUGAUACCAAAAUAUUUGGAUAAUGACUGUGUGAAGGUUGUAAAUGGAGGCAUCCCAGAAACCACAGCCCUUCUGAAGGAGAGGUUUGACUAUAUCUUCUACACUGGUAACACAAUGGUCGGGAAAAUAAUCAUGAAGGCUGCAGCUGAAUACCUGACCCCUGUCACUCUAGAGUUAGGAGGAAAGAGCCCAGUUUACGUAGAUGAAAACAGUGACCUGAAUCUUGUGGCCAGGAGGGUCACCUGGGGGAAAUUAGUGAAUGCAGGACAGACAUGCAUCGCUCCUGAUUAUGUCAUGUGCAAGAAAGAACUUCAGGAAAAAUUAGUUGAGGAGUGCAAAAAGGCUAUUGAUGAGUACUACCCAGAUCCUGCCAAAUCAGAGGACUACUGCAGAAUCAUCAAUGAAAGACAUCUCAAUCGAGUCAAGAAGCUGAUCGAAGGGUCUGGUAAGGUUGUGAUUGGGGGACAGGUUGAGGAGGGAGAGAAGUACGUCUCCCCCACAGUCCUCACUGACUGCAAAGCCACAGACCCGGUCAUGAUGGAAGAGGUGUUUGGCCCAGUUCUUCCCAUCAUGCCAGUAAACAGUGCAGAGGAAGCUAUCGACUUCAUUAACAAAGGAGAAAAACCUCUAGCCAUGUACAUUUUUGCCAAGGACCAUGCAGUAGCUCAGAAGUUCUUAGACAAUACUAGUAGUGGAGGCUUUGUCUUCAAUGACACCAUGAUGCAUGCUGGCUUAAUGUCCCUUCCAUUUGGUGGAGUGGGUGGUAGUGGUAUGGGUGGUUACCAUGGCUUCCAUACCUUUGAUACCUUCUGUCACAAAAGAUCAGUUCUCGAGAGAAAGCAUGGGGGUGAAGCAAUGGUUGCAAUCCGCUAUCCUCCAUAUACACAGAAAAAAGGGAGCAUUGUUAGAUGGAUCAUGAAGAAAAAGCCCCAAAAAUCAGGCAUACGAACCCUGAUUCCUUAUUUCUUGUUUGGAACUAUAUUCGCUGUAUUAUUCAAGGUCUAUGGACUUCAAAAUAAGAUUCCCUUUUUACGCUGAAUGCAGGAAUCAUAUCUACUUCCGACUUCUUUCGAAGAUACAUUUAACAUAAUUAUUUAAUGAACGUGUACAUGCACUGUAUGUUUAUUCAGGAACAGUUGACACUGUAUCAUACAUAUACAUGUCAAUAUUUCUAUGCAUGAUUAUAAUCUGUCGGUGUAUUGGUGUAUUUUCUUCGGAAAUGUCACACCAUUUCUUAUUUUUUAUAGAUUAUUGAAAACAUGACCCUAAUUAAUGAAAUGUUUUAUCUAUAUAUACAUUGUGCUAGUCCAAAGUCGUAUUUGUAUGCAGUAUUACCAUUGACUCAGUAAAUUAAAUAGAAGCUAUCGUAGACCUUAAAUUAAUGAUUUAAUGAACGAUUCCUCUUUUUUUUUCUUUUUUUAGAAUCUUGUCAGCUGUUUUACAUUUGUGCUAGAAUAUUGGUAUAAAAAGUACUGCAACAUACAAACACUCCAAAAAAUGUAAAUAAACAUAGCAGCCUCAGAUUAAUGAACUCCUAAUUGUUAUGAAAAUCGAAAACACAUUUGUUUGAUAAACAUAUAAAACCUAUUCAUUUUGUAAAUAAUAAGAUCAAUCUUUUUUUAAAAUGGCUUUUCAGUUGUUGUUUUUUUCGUUAUCUCAGUUCGAUGGUUGUCAACUCAGUUCGAUGGUUGUCAAAAACAUUCAAAGAUUUCAAAUUGCUAACCUUUUACGUGGACAAUUUCCAUGACCAAGAGUUUGAUAUAGUCAUUUUUAUUCUUGGAUACAAUUACUAAACUAUCAAAAUAGUUUUAUUCCCUAUUAAUCGUUUACUGAUUAAAGUAUAAUUAUUUUUAUAAAUAUUUAGAAGUCAACAAGGACUUGUCUCUUAUAGAAUAUAUUGAGUAAAUGCGAUUUUGAAAAUUAGAAUUUUGUACAAAUGUAUGUACUUCAUGUAGUAUUUGUUUUUGAAUGAGUAAUUAACUAUCAACUAUCAUUGUUUGAUGUUACAUUGAACAGACACAUCGUUUAAUUUUGUAUCACGUGUUUAAGUCCAAUUAUUUGUUGUUUUCUACAGAUCAUGUAAUGAUAUUUGUUGAAUGUAAAAUUAUUACUAUAGAAAUAUACAUGACAGUGAUUACUGAAAAUUGUUGUAUAUUGUAAAAAUGGUUGAUCAAAUAAAAUGCCAAAAUUAU